UCCAACUUCGGACUGAUGUAAAACCAAUAUAGAAAUUGAACGUCGUUAUUGUAUAUAUUUGUUUCAUUUACUUAAAUAAUAAAUAAAUAAUAGCAAUAUGAUUUAAUGGAAUUAAAUCUAUAUAUUUUCAAACUGCCUUUUGUAAAUCAUGCGCAUCAGCACGAACCUGUCAAUCUUAACGGCAUCCUUAAGACACGAUUACGCAUUAUGAAAUUUAAUAUACAAUACUCUUCUACCUACAAAUCAAACAUGUGUCUGGAAAGCGGAAGAAUAAAUUGAUACUUAUAUAAGGAAGUGGACAGAAUUCUUGUAAUUCGAAAACGCACAUUCAAUCCGCCUUUGUCUAUUCAAGGUAUUGCAGACUACAAUUCAUUCUGCGUAUUGCAAAGAUUACCUCGAAUAAUUAUUUUCAGCUAAUUAUUCUUAUCAUUAUUUAAUAAAUAUGAUACGAAUGUUUUCAACACCUACGGGUGUAAGAUUAGAAAAGGAAGUAUGUGUGCGCUGUUUGCUAUCUUCAUUUACAUCAGUCGCAAUAGUGUACGGAUGGGACUUUUUUAUGCCUUGUUCCUGUGUGGCAAAACCAAACCCUUACUUGCAGAAACUUAUAAACUUUUACAUUUCCUUUAUUGAAAUAGUUUAUUGGGUGCAUGCCGUUCUCGUUGUUUGUAUGGCAAUUCCUUAUAUAUCGGACAUAACGCCUUGCUAUUCCUGGUACGCGAUCGUCAACUAUGACCUAUAUGGCAGACUCGUCCUUGCCGUUCUCGAUUUGGCUAUUGCUAUACUAUUCAGCAUUGCCAAAAGAGUCAAAUUGAGCCCAAAGAUAAAAUUAAGGAAGUCGUAUCGUUUUCCCCCAGAUCAACUAUUCUCUACUGUCGACAGUAUAGUAUUUUAUACAGUAAUUAUUUUUGUGGGUUUUACGGUAUUGAUUGCUUGUGGAGAAGUUUUGUUAUUGUACCCACAUUUGGAAAAUGGAGUCUUAUACGUAUGAGCCACUUUUCUGUUGCAUCGAAGUUGGUCUGGCUGGUACUUUUCUUGUCGGGGGAAUAAUGUACCUAUCUCUGUUUAUUAUCUUGCUUAUGUAUACUUUAAUGAAGGUAUUUGAAAAAGUAUCAGAAAAUUUGUAUUUAUUGAAAAAGAACAGUCCAAACUUGAAGUCUGAAUUGGAAAAAAUUAUAAUACAACACGACGAACUUUGGAAUUUUGCAAAUCAACUCAAUGGACCAUUCAAUGACAUAUUAACAAUUUUAUACGGCACCUUGUUAAUGGAAACGAGUCUACUUUAUUUUCUCUUCAGUGUUAUAUUAAAUGAUUUUUGGAUCAGAAUGAUAUGUUCUACGCUUUGUGCUAGUUUCACGUUCUACUGUACCGUACUUGGAUUUUUGUUUUCUGCAUUUACAUCUACCAUGCAGACAUCUUUUCAAGAUAUAAGAAGAUUCGCCGACUGUAAUUUAAGAUUGGAAGAAAAAUUGAAGAUCUUGAACUUCAUGAAGAGAUACGGUAAAGAAUCGCUGUGUUUGACAUGCAGAGAUUACUUCAAAAUUACUAAAAAGUUCCCAGUAAAAAUGGGAAGUUCUCUGGAUUCCAUAUUUUCUGGACUAGAAAAUAUGAAGGAAGCUACGAAACGUAAAAGUUAAUCAUUACACAAAGAUUACGAUUUGAAAACAGAACUGAAUAGAAAAAUAUUUGUUAAACUGUACGGAAACUUCUAAUUAUUUUUGAAAUCCACGUUUAAUGUUAAAUUUCACAAUUCUUGUCAGAUAAUAUUUUAAUAACAUUCGCAAAAUGUGUUGUAUUAGGAGAUUAAUUUUGCACCAUUGUUUUUUUCAUAAGUAUACAUUUAGUGUUUGUAUGAAAAACGCGAAUAAAUUGAAAAUAUGAUGUACUAAAUAUUUUCACUACAUUGAUAGAAGAAAAUGCCUUGUAGCUAAUAUUCUAUAUUAUUCAAUGUACAUUCACAAUGCUCAUCGAUGCACCAAUUUAUUGA